AAUAAUACUUCACAUCACUGUCCUCUCUCUCUGCAGCUCUGGAAACUUUUGAAACCUAAUUGCAAACAAAAAAGAAGAUGAAUCCAUCACAACAACACUUACCAAAGCUAUGUCCUAAGCGUCUAUUCUUCUUCUUCACUCCAGUCUUAUUCUUCUCUCUCUAUUACAUCUUCACCACUGUCAAAACCAUCACCAUCUCUUCCCAAGAUCCUCACCAUCCUCCACAGCUUCAGGUACCUUCCAUUUCCCAUUACGCCUCCCUUCCAGAAACUUCAAAAAACCAAUCACCAUCACCACUUCUACUACCACCAACACCACCAUCAUCAUCCUUAUCAUCAUCAUCUUACUUUCCACUCUGUCCCAAGAACUUCACCAACUAUUUGCCUUGCCAUGACCCGUCAACGGCACGACAGUACAGCAUUGAGAGGCACUAUCGGAGAGAGAGGCACUGUCCUGACUUAGCUCAAGAGAAGUUCAGGUGUUUGGUCCCAAAGCCCACUGGCUACAAAACGCCUUUUCCAUGGCCUGAGAGUAGAAAAUAUGCUUGGUUCAAGAACGUACCAUUCAAGAGGCUAGCUGAGUUGAAAAAGACUCAAAAUUGGGUUAGGCUUGAAGGAGACCGUUUUGUUUUCCCAGGAGGUGGGACUUCCUUUCCCAGUGGUGUGAAGGACUAUGUUGAUGUGAUUCUGAGUAAUUUGCCUUUGGCUUCUGGGAGUAUCAGGACUGUUCUCGAUAUUGGAUGUGGAGUAGCGAGUUUUGGAGCCUUUUUGCUGAACUAUAACAUUUUGACAAUGUCCAUUGCACCGAGGGAUAUACACGAGGCUCAAGUUCAGUUUGCAUUAGAACGUGGACUCCCUGCUAUGCUCGGUGUUCUAAGCACUUAUAAGCUGCCUUACCCUUCGAGGUCUUUCGACAUGGUCCACUGUUCUAGAUGCCUUGUCAAUUGGACUGCCUAUGAUGGGCUUUACUUGAUGGAGGUGGAUCGUGUUCUACGUCCUGAGGGAUACUGGGUGUUGUCUGGACCACCAGUAGCAUCAAGGGUUAAAUCCAAGAACCAGAAGAGAGAUUCCAAGGAGUUGCAGAACCAGAUGGAGCAACUAAAUGAUGUUUUUAGAAGACUUUGUUGGGAGAAGAUUGCUGAAAAUUACCCAGUUGUCAUCUGGAGAAAGCCUUCUAAUCAUUUGCAGUGUAGACAAAGACUACAAGCUCUUAAGUUUCCUGGAUUCUGCUCUUCUAGUGACCCUGACGCUGCGUGGUACAAAGAGAUGGAGCCGUGCAUCACUCCUCUUCCAGAUGUCAACGACACACACAAGACCGUUCUCAGAAACUGGCCUGAGAGACUAAAUCACGCGCCUCGGCGAAUCAAAACCGGGUCUAUACUGGGAAAAACUAUUGCCAGCUUCAAAGCUGACACAAACCUGUGGCAAAGAAGAGUUUUGUACUAUGACACCAAGUUAAAGUUUCUCAGCAAUGGAAAAUAUAGAAACAUCAUUGAUAUGAACGCUGGAUUAGGUGGUUUUGCUGCAGCCUUGAACAAGUACCCAAUGUGGGUUAUGAAUGUGGUUCUGUUUGAUCUUAAACCGAACACACUCGGUGUUGUGUAUGAUCGCGGUCUCAUUGGAACUUACAUGAACUGGUGUGAAGCUUUCUCUACAUACCCUCGAACCUAUGAUCUGAUACAUGCUAAUGGUGUGUUCAGUUUGUACUUGGACAAAUGUGACAUUGUUGAUAUACUCUUGGAGAUGCAGAGGAUUCUUAGACCAGAAGGCGCAGUUAUAAUACGAGACCGUUUAGAUAUUCUUAUCAAAGUGAAGGCUAAAACCAAUCAAAUGAGAUGGAAUGGGACAAUGUAUCCAGAAGACAAUUACAGUGGUUUUGAUCAUGGAACGAUACUAGUUCAUCAAAAUAGAGUUAUGGUUGGAGUUGGAGAUGCCCUAAGGGAUCUUGUCUCGAAAAUCCCGCCGUCUGAGAUUCAACGCCUCAGGGGCAAAGGGGAAACGAUGGCUCUAGAUGACGAAGACGGAUUUGAGUUCAGAGUAGAUGAGAAUGAGACUAGGACUGAACCUAGUGAUAGAUAUAUUGGCAUCCAGUGUGACAUUAACGAGGAGAAGAGAUCAACUCUCAUCGACUUUAUUGUUUCACUUCAUGUGGAGCUUGAGUUAGACCCUGAGAUUCUUUAUCUCACCGUCAGACUAAUCGAUUACUCCUUGCUUAGACAUCCUCUGCCUGCAAGUGAUCUACAUAAUCUCGGUCUUGGUGCUUUACUCACUGCGUGGAGAUACCUUGACGAAGAUACUGUUGAUGUCGAUUAUCUGAUGUCCGUCACAAACAGUUUCUCCAGCAAAAACAUCUGCAGCAAAAAGAAGAUUCUAAAGAUGGAGAAAACCAGUUUGCAAGAGUUGGAAAAUGGUGUGGGAGACAAAACACAAUAUGAGUAUCUUCUCAAGUUCAUCGAAGCUUCAAGAUCCGACCCAGAAGUGGAGGACAUGGUUCACUAUCUAUCUGAGUUGGGUAUGGUGCAUCUUGACACUGCAAGGUUCCAUCCUUCUUUGUGGGCUGCAGCAACAAUCUACACUGUGAGAUGCUGCUUGGACAAGAGCCCUCCUUGGACUGAUGCUCUAGAAUCCCUCACCAAGUACUCUGAAAAUCAGCUCAUGGAUUGCUCAAAGCUUCUAUUUUCCAAACACUCGGAAGCUUCUCGUGGGAGCAAUCUUCGCGCUGUGUUCAACAAGUAUUCGAGACCCUAAAGAAGUGAUGCUACUCUAGUUUGAAGAAGUCAGCGCAAACUCUGCAUUAUAGAUUUCUCUUUAGCUAUUGGAUCUUGCUAUUAUCCCAUUAUCUAGUACUCUAAC